AUGGGAAAUAUUAGCAGCAAGCCUGACGAGAUCUCCGCGCUCUAUUUGAGGGACCAGAAUCGAUUAUCUAUUUCUUCUCUCGUUGUAACCAACUCUCAUCGACGAACUAUUCUUCACCUAGUUCCUAAUGCAUUCCCUGCCACCAAAUUAUAUGGUAGCCGUGAUUUUCUGGAUGCGAGUUUAAUCGAAUAUGUUCAGGACCCGGAGCAGCCAUUUCCAAAUUUCUUACUAAAGCUCAACAAUGACGCCGAGCUUACCUUCAAGUUUACCUUUAUUAUCCGGCAGACCAGCACCCAAGACUCAAAGGUCCUUGUCGAUACAAAUAUCAAUGGUCUCACUUAUGUUUCUGCUUCGACGCCUAAGGAGGUUGAGACCUUGGUGACUAGAGAAUUUCACGCAGACCCAAAUCUCCACAAAAAUGCGAAUGUUCAGUUAGUAGGUGAUUUUUCAACUGGAUCUAGUCAAUCAGUUUCAUUUGAAUGGUCCUGGAAAUGGAGACCUCCGAAAGCUGUGGAAGAUAAAGGAGGUGGGUGGAGAAACACUUGUAGUUUUGUCGAAUAUGACCAGCGUGCGCAUAGAUUAGAUACACUGGCUAGUUUUUCCUUCUGGGUUGCUAAUCAACAAUAUUGUCCAAGUCAACCAAAUUCACCAGCAGCUCCAUUUAGUCUCGUUCACCCUCCAAAAUUUCGGGCUGCAUCCACUCAAUCUAUAGGCUCUCGUGUUAGCUAUAUCGAUACGCGUGAUUAUGAUGAUCCACCCUCACCCACUAUGAUACCAGCUGAAGAUCCCACUGGAUUAUAUUACAUUCCACAAAAAGAUACAGUCAGAGUUGAUUUUUCUUGUCAACGUCCGGGUCAGGAUAUGAGUGCUACCGAAGAUGGCCCUCUGUUCCGGGCAACGAUGAAGGCUUUGGAACAAAAAACUGGAAGUAUGCGGCACCGGAUGAAAAAAGUGUUAAAAAAAGCUGAAGCAGCUCAUCUAGCACAAGUGGAAUGCAACGAAGCAAUAACUGCAUUUACUGAUUCAUUACGAGAAGCAGCAUUAUCAAAUGCAAACGCAGUACAGCCUGCCCUGGAACACUACUUUGACAAAAUUGCCCGCCUAAUCCUAGCAUACGAAACGCAGAGCACUAAUAAUCUACAAAAAAUAAUUAUAGAACCAAUAAUGAAAGUUUAUCAUAUUGAUAUUAAACAAGCAGAAUCAAAAAAGCGGGAUUUUGAGGAGGAAAGCAAAGAUUACUAUGCUUAUGUCUCUCGGUACUUAGGCCAACGUCAGGAUUCUUUAAAAGAGAAGAAGCGAGUAGAUAGUGAUUCAAAGUAUCAAAUCAAACGAAGGAACUUUGAGCUGAAGCGAUUUGAUUACUCUUCAUUCAUGCAGGAUCUUCAUGGAGGGCGAAAAGAACAGGAAGUUUUAUCACACCUAACAAAAUAUGCUGAUGCUCAAACAAGGGGAUACCUAGCGACAGCAAAAAAAAUUGAAGAAAUGCUUCCUCAACUUGAUGCAUUAAGUGCCAAAGUAGAGGAAGCAGAUAAGGAAUUUCAGUACCAACGUACAGAGCGAGAAGAAAAGCGCAGAAAUCUAGAAAAGAAUAAUCCAACAUAUACUGAACCAGAUAUACUACUUCCAGUUGCAUCCUCUCCACUUCAUAUUUCUCACGCUACAACCCCAACUACAACAACUACGCCCGAAACUGAAAAUUUCCGUGCCGAUAAUGCUAAUAUUCAAAAUAAACUAACGCUUCAACCAGUGCUCGGAUCAUCUGCUCCUUCAACAUCAAAUACUAGCUAUGAUUAUCCUCGGUCUCCGGUAUGCCCAUCCCCAUAUCUUACGCCUACCAAUAACUUGGGAGUAAACUCGAAGUUUAAGGGAAUUAGAGAUUUAGAAGAAAAAGACCGGAGCAACACGGCUGACAAAAAUAACACCCAACGUAAGGAAGGUCUCCUCUGGGCAUUAAGUCGUCCUGGUAGCCACUCAGAUCCAAGAGGCUUAAAUAAGCAAGCCUGGCACAAAUUUUGGAUUGUGGUAGAUGCUGGCAAAGUUUCCGAAUAUAGCAAUUGGAAACAAAGGCUUGACUUACACAUGGAGCCUAUCGAUUUGCGAAUGGCAUCUGUUCGGGAGGCUCGAAAUGCAGAGCGCCGUUUUUGCUUUGAAGUCAUAACUCCCCAGUAUAAGCGGGUUUAUCAAGCAACAUCUGAGGAUGACAUGAACAACUGGAUCUCUGCCAUUAACAAUGCGAUUCAAAGCGCGGUUGAAGGUCGAGAUAUUCGGGACGUACCUACCCCAAUCUCACCCCAAGAACAUCAUUUAAUGAGGAGGGAUAUUGGCUCUAUUCUGACUGGAAAAAGUUCUUCAAUGAACCAUGGAAGCACUCAUCAUAGCAUCAAUGGCCACAGCCAUAGCGCAAGCAGUAGUGUUUUUCGCAGAACUACAGUGGGAGCUAGACCUGCUUAUUCCCGUAAAGGUAGCAGUGGGUUCGAUGAAAGUCCAGACAAAGUUCUACAAGUCUUACGUGAAGCUGACCAAGGAAACUGUUGGUGCGCCGAUUGUGGAUCAGGGGUGAAAACUGAAUGGGUUUCAAUCAAUUUAGGCGUAAUCCUAUGCAUUGAAUGUAGUGGUAUACAUCGCUCCCUUGGUACCCAUAUCAGCAAGAUUCGAUCACUUACCCUUGACUCACAAUCCUUUACUACUGAUAUAGUUGAGCUUCUUCUCCUAACUGGCAAUCGCAUUGCCAAUACAGUUUGGGAAGCUAAGCUUGAUAAUGGAAUAAAGCCAUCACCUCAAGCAACCAGGGAAAAACGUUUAAAAUUCAUUAACUCAAAAUAUGUGGAUCGAGAAUUUGUAGAGCCGAUUUCGCCAACCUUGUCACGAUACGCUACGCCAGACGAAACUCUAGUAGCUGCUAUCAAGAGAAAUGAAAUUCAAAGAGUUAUAUAUGCGCUAGCCUUGAAAGCUAAUCCGAAUGUAUGCGACAAGUCUAGAGGCACACAUUCAGUUUUCUUGGCUUUGGCUGCUGCAGAUCCUGCAUCUCCAUCAUCUGGUACAUCGAACACUAGAACAAGCUCUGACAGAAACGUCGCAUUUCCCAUUGCUGAGAUACUUGUGCAAAACGGGGCAGAAAUACCGUCUUCGCUCCCGGCUUUCCCUCUUAGUCGCAGUGCGAAUUUGUAUGUUGAGCAAAAAAGUGGAAGAGGAACACUAACUUUAGAUACGGUCGGGCUGUUACCGAAUCCUAGUUUGAAUCUAGGUGAAAAGCAGCACAAGGAACGCGAAGCACGUCUACAGAAACGAGUAAGUGCGGGAGGGCGAUUAGCAAAAGCACCGAUUCCUGAACUAUGA